AUGUCACUCUCGCUCGUGCGCUGGGCAAGCUUGGUCAUGCUGGGCAUGCAAGCUUCCCAGGUCUCCGCCAUUUCUCAGAUUUCUGCUGUUGGAGCUAAAUUCUUCAAUUCGUCUGGGCAUCAAUUCUAUGUUAAGGGAAUUGCCUACCAGCUUACUGAUAAUGACCCUCUCGUUGAUACCGCUCAGUGCAAAUUGGACGCCGCCUUGAUGAAGGAAUUGGGCGCCAACACAAUCCGUGUCUACCACGUCGACCCCAACGCCGACCACGACGGUUGUAUGUCUGCCUUUGAGGAGGCCGGAAUUUAUCUGUUUGUUGAUUUGGAAACUUUCAACUCGUCUAUUGAUCAGUCCGCCCCCCAUUGGAACAGCACAAUGUUGAACGCCUACACGAAGGUGCUGGACACCUUCCACCACUACGAUAACCUGGCCGGUGUCUUUGUCGGAAACGAAGUCUUGACCAUGACCAACGGCUCCAGAGCCGCUCCCUACGUUAAAGCCGCUGCGCGUGAUGUGAAAGCCUACCGCGAUUCCAAGGGCUACCGUAAGAUCCCCGUUGGAUACGCCGCAGCCGAUAUCGCCGAUCUUCGUCCCAUGUUGCAAGACUACUUGGCUUGCUCGACCAAUUCGUCCGAAAACCUGGAUUUCUUCUCGUUGAACGCGUACGAAUGGUGUGGACACAACACUUUUACUGGAUCAGGGUACUCGGCGUUGCAAAAGAAUGCCACUGGGUACUCGGUCCCCAUUUUCUUCUCCGAGACUGGCUGCAACACCGUUCCUCCCCGUACCUUUGAAGAUCAAUCUUCGAUCCUUGGCAACGAUAUGGCCGGCACCUGGUCCGGCGCUAUUAUCUACGAAUGGAUCGAGGAAGCCAACGACUACGGUUUGAUCAGCUACGGAUCCAGCGUCGCCGUCACCGCUACCGGCACCAACAUUGUCGGCGGAUACACUCGCGGCGGCACACCAACCCCAGUUUCGCCUGAUUUCUCCAACUUGAAAUCCGUCUGGGCUACCUUGAACCCGACCGGUGUCGCACUUUCGGAUUACAGUGCGUCCGCGUCGAAGAUUACUCCUUUGCCCUGCCCCGCCGAGACAUCUGGUAUCUGGGAUGUGAACCCUAACUCACCUCUGCCCACCGUCGGCCAGACCGCUGCUGCUUCUGGAACUGGAUCUAGCGGCACAACCACUGGCGGUGCCACCGGCACUAUUUCCGGCGCCUCUUCGACCGCUACUUCUUCCAGGGGUGCUGCGCCGGUGGGUGUUGUGACUCCUGGGUCUGCUACUGGUGUGACGGCUGUUGUUAUCUACGGCGCUCUUGUUGGAUUUACUGGAUUUAUGGCCUGGUGGUUGUAA